AUGGCGCGGGCCGGCGCCACCCGCUCGCCGGGCCCCGAGCCGCCGCGCCGCCGCGGCCGCCAGCGCUACGUGGAGAAGGACGGCAGGUGCAACGUGCAGCAGGGCAACGUGCGCGAGCCGGGCCGCUACCUGACCGACCUGUUCACCACGCUGGCCGACCUGCAGUGGCGCCUCAGCCUGCUCUUCUUCGUGCUCGCCUACGCGCUCACCUGGCUCUUCUUCGGCGCCAUCUGGUGGCUGGUGGCUUACGGCCGCGGCGACCUGGAGCACCUGGGCGACGCGGCGUGGACGCCGUGCGUCAACAACCUCAACGGCUUCGUGGCCGCCUUCCUGUUCUCCAUCGAGACGGAGACCACCAUCGGCUACGGGCACCGCGUCAUCACCGACCAGUGCCCCGAGGGCAUCGCGCUGCUGCUGCUGCAGGCCAUCCUGGGCUCCAUGGUGAACGCCUUCAUGGUGGGCUGCAUGUUCGUCAAGAUCUCGCAGCCCAACAAGCGCGCCGCCACGCUCGUCUUCUCGUCGCACGCCGUGGUGUCGCUGCGCGACGGCCGCCUGUGCCUCAUGUUCCGCGUGGGCGACCUGCGCUCGUCGCACAUCGUCGAGGCCUCCAUCCGCGCCAAGCUCAUCCGCUCGCGCCAGACGCUCGAGGGCGAGUUCAUCCCGCUGCACCAGACCGAUCUCAGCGUGGGCUUCGACACGGGCGACGACCGCCUCUUCCUCGUGUCGCCGCUCGUCAUCAGCCACGAGAUCGACGCCGCCAGCCCCUUCUGGGAGGCGUCGCGCCGUGCCCUGGAGAGGGACGACUUCGAGAUCGUCGUCAUCCUCGAGGGCAUGGUGGAAGCCACGG